GGGCGGCGGCGUUUGAAAGCGCCGCGAGGGGGGGGCAGCGCCAACGGCCGCUGAGGCGAGGGCGCGGCGGGGGCGGCGGGGAGGGGCGGCCGCAGGAGCGGGUCAUGGCGCACAAACAGAUCUACUACUCCGACAAGUACGACGAUGAGGAGUUCGAGUACCGGCACGUGAUGCUGCCCAAGGACAUCGCGAAGCUGGUGCCCAAGACCCACCUGCUCUCGGAGUCGGAGUGGCGGAACCUGGGCGUGCAGCAGAGCCAGGGCUGGGUGCACUACAUGAUCCACGAGCCAGAGCCGCACAUCCUGCUCUUCCGCCGGCCGCUGCCCAAGAAGCCGGAGAAGUGAAAGGCCCGCGGCCCGAGCCGAGCCAGCACCUUCCUCCUCAGCAUCACCCUCGGGGAGUUUUGCCCCACGCCUCCCGGUGCUACCCGGGCGCUGCAGCAGUGGCGGCUCAGCCCCGGCGUUGGUGCCUGUUUCUAUUGUCAAUAAAGAGAUGUUUGUUUGGGA